UCGGCAAGGGAUAUUAUUCAACAUGGCAGCCCCCAUGCGUUACACAACUGUGAGGUCCGCUCUUCAUUUUGGGCGAUCAUUCCCUCAAAAUACCACGAAAUUUCAUGGAAAUAACUUUAUAAAAACUAGACUUUUUUCGCAACAGAAUCGGUUUACUUUUAUCAAGAGCAACAGAGGCAGUAUUAUGAAAUCUCUGAGCGCAGUUUCAGGAUUGAUUUGUGGGGCUUACAUCGGGCAGCGAUGGAUGACCACGGGAGAGUCUCGGCAGACCUGGGGCCUACUAUCGCCUAUCGCCAAGCAGCGGGGACAAGUUUGGGAUGGAGAGAAAUGCACAGACGAACCUCAGCUACUGAACAGAAAACCGCGUAUGUUGUCUGCCGAAGAUUCAGCAAAGAUGAAUUUAACUCUUUACCAAUAUCAAGUUUGUCCAUUUUGCUGUAAAGUGCGAGCAUAUUUGGAUUAUUUUGGUGUUCCAUACACAAUUGUAGAGGUCAAUCCCGUGUUUAGGAAAGAGAUAAAAUUUUCAGAAUACAGAAAAGUUCCCAUCUUGGUACAAUCCUCUCCAGGAAAGGAAGAUAUUCAACUGAAUGACUCGUCUGUUAUCAUUAGCAUUCUAACAUCAUUUAUGGUGACCAAGGAGAAGGAUUUGAGUCGUCUGAUUUCAUACUAUCCUAAGAUGACAUAUACCAAUGAGAAGGGAAAAGAGGUGUCAGAAUUCACUAACAGAUUUAACAUCAUGUUGCUUGAAACACCAGGACUCUCAAAAGCAGAAAAGGCAGAGAUGAAGUGGAGAAGAUGGGUGGAUGAGGUUCUGGUUCAUUAUCUUCCUCCAAACAUCUACAGAUCACCAUCAGAAUCUCUCCAAGCAUUCUCUUAUAUCUCUAGUCUGGGAAACUUUAAUGCUGUGGAGAAGGUCAUCAUGAAGUAUGUUGGAGCUGCUGGAAUGUACUUUGUUGCAAUGAAACUCAAGAGGAAGUAUAAUGUCAAGCCUGAUGCUCGUGAAUCUCUGUAUGAUGCAGCCAAUGAAUGGAUGAGUGUGGUUGGAAAGAAAGAUUUCAUGGGAGGUGAUAAACCAAACCUUGCUGACUUGUCAGUGUAUGGUGUACUGAGCUCUAUUGAGGGACUAGAUGCUUUUAAUGACAUGUGUAGAAUGACAAAGAUUGGCCCGUGGUACCAACGAACAAAACAAGCUGUCGAAUCUCACGCUGGUGCUCAUUGACCCCGCCUUCUCACUUACAUAUCAUUCUAACAUGUGCUCUCAGGAGUUAUCCAGGUCACUAAUGAAUUCAAAUAUAUGCAAAUCUAUUCCUAUUUCCAGUAUGUGCAAGGUGUUUUAUUUGACAAUUGCCUUACUAGCAAUUGAUUGAAAAUGUUCCAUUUUCAUUUGAAAAGGUGCAGACCAUAGUGAUUUUCUGUUCAUAUUAUGUAUGAAUAUUGCUUUUAAUUGAACAAUUCGGUAAGAAAGCAAUUAUUUAGUACAUUAGUCAUCUGGUAUGAAAGCUUUUUUUAAAAUGUGCAGACACGUACAUGUAUCAUGUAUUGAUUAAUUGAACAUUUUUUCCAGACUUUAGACUUCCACGCCAUUUAAGGUCAUGGGUGUUCCCGAUCUUUGUUUCUAUGCUGUGAUAAAAGAGUUACUGAAAGCCACUGGUGCUUGGUGUCGGUGUUAGUGUCAAUUUUGAGAGCAUAAACAGAGCUGCUAGAGCCGCUCCACAAAAUAUAGGUUCUGAGAUGGUACAUGUACCAGAUAAUUAGUAUUGGUAGCUUAACGGCUGGUGAUGUAAUAAAGUAUCAUUUCGGUUUGAAGUUGUGGCUUCUGGAAGUUCUGUUCAGUGUAUGUCCUACAGAGAGUUGCUAUAGAUUCUAAUCAUACUUAAACUGGGAUGAUCUCAUAUUAUGUAAUUAAGUAUUUAGAUAAAUCUCAAUUUCAAUUUGAUUUGAAAAAAAAAAUCUCUUUGUAAGACAGGGACCUGUAUUCAACCUGGAAUUUGAAAUCACUUAAUGAAUGCACAUAGAAAAUAGAACUUAAUCAUAAAUAUCUCAUUAUGAUGAUGACCUUGUACCCCCAAAUCUGAAGAGAUAAUGGAAAUAAAUGUUUUGGUGGAAAAUCUAAAUAUACUUGUUCUAGAGAUCUUGAAUUUAGAUGAAUAAAAUUGUUUUGAAUAGCCUUAUUUGACAUGGCAUUAAAUUCUGAAUUUUUUGAGAAAAUACAGGUCUGUUGUGUAAGAUUGUGUAAACUAAAUGACUUCAUUAUGAUGCUUUUUCCUGAAAUGAAAUGUUGAAAAUGUUUUCAAUUUUGCUGAAAGAUAUCAGGUUUACAUGAAAAUAUGUAUGAUGGCAAUUCAUUUCAUCAUGAAAUUGAUUCAAAGUUUUAUUUAUCACUAGUGUAUAACACAGAUAUUUACAACUGUAAAAAUGUAUAGCAUUGUCUUGUAAUUUCUUAUAUCAGUGGCAGCAACACAUUGGGGAGAGUGGGUUGGAAGAGGAUGUAAUUGCUCCCUUCCAUGUGAAAAAAAGUUGGCAUUUUUCAUAACUUUGACAGGAUGUACAGAGAUUUCACCAUUAGACUCUUCUAUGAAAUACAUGUAGUUGAAAAUAUAAAACUUUCAAUGAUCAAGAAGUUUAAAGAGUCAACUCUACAUCAGUACAUCAGUUGAUCAACAUGAGUCAAAUAAUCCUGCAAGUCAAAUUUUCAUCAGAUCAUGAAAGUUGUGAAAUUAACCUUUUACUGUAUACCAAAUUUCUCCCUAGACAAAGAGAAAUCUGUUGUUAAAAUCUAUUAGGCUUACUUGUACACCAUGCAUAAAAGGUAGUGAAUUGAUGGUAUUUAAGAUUCUCGAAACUGAGCUAUGACAUAACCAAAGAUUUGAUUUGUCAUCCUUUUAUUCAGAUGAAUGGAGGAGAAAUUGUUGAACAUGUUUUUAGAGAUCUUCUAUUUUGAAAAGCAACACUGAAACAUGUAGAUGUUGUUUGCGACCAAUAGAGAUGUGCAACAUUUCAUUUAUAGUUUGAAAGUUAUUAAGGGCUGUUUCAUAAGAUUGAUUGUAAAGUUACACUUGACUUCACAAAUGAUUGAAAUGUAGCAAGCUAACUGAGUUUCUGAAGAACAUUUAAUUGCAUCUGAUAGUUCUGAAUUAUCCCAUAAUUGAUUAUCAUUUUUAAAACAUAAUGCAAUGCAAAGUCAUUAUUUUGCCAGAAUAAAUUUGUGUAGUCAUGAUUUGAUCAAACUUCAGGAAAAAAAUUGGGCUGAUAUUUUGGCACUUCAUAUAUCCAGUCAUUUGUAAAUUUGAUUGUAUUUGUGAUUUAAUGAUUAGCUUUAUGAAACUGUCCCCUCUGGUUCUGGCAUUCUGCUUGUCGCUGCCUUUUAUCUGAUGUAUAUGAACUUUACUUUGUAAUAAAGAUUGUGUAGGUACAUGUUGCAGUAGAUCCUUGGAACUUUAGAAGUAAAUCUUCUUUUGACAUACAGAUACACUUUGCAGUGAUUUGUGGCGAUGGGUUGAAUAAAUGGACUUUCACAUUUA